AGAAAAAAGAAAAGAAAACCCACGACUAGCAAGCUAGCAUUCAGUGCUAAUAAACGCUAUUUAAUAAUACUAGCUAGCCGGCUAACUAGAUAUUUAAUGUAGCUCUAUAAGUGCGUUGCCAAGGUUACGCUCAUAAGAACGAACGUGGAACGCUAACGUUCAGUUAGCUAGCUAAACACGGCUAGCUAAACACGGCUAACAGUAAAUAAUAAUAAUAAUAAUAAUAAUAAUAAUAAUAAGACUAGCGUCAGAAUUAACUAGCUGUUGUGAUUUUAGCCUGCGACUGUGUGACCUUUAAUACUUUCACGUGAACUAAAAUAGAGAGAAAAAUAGAGAAAAUGUCCACAAGCUGCGGUGUAGAGGAUGAUUGCUUUGUGCUGCAGUAGUAACUUAUCAGCAGGCUUCAUGCUGAACAACAGUCUGUGGGGUUUUUAUUUUGUUACUGAAGCUGUUUUGGCUUUAGAGUCUUCACUAAGUUCAAGUGAGAAGCCUGCAUCACUGAUGCCGGAUGCUGAUCGCCUCUGGCUGUGCUCAGUCCUUGAGUGAGCACUAAGAUGAGUGGAACAGGAGAGCAGGCCGACAUACUGUCGGUGGGGAAUGUGGUCCGGGACCGAUGGAGGGUGAUCAAGAAGAUUGGUGGUGGAGGCUUUGGAGAGAUCUAUGAAGUUCUGGACCAGCUAAACCAGUGCAACGUGGCCCUUAAAGUGGAGUCAGCUCAGCAACCCAAACAGGUGUUAAAGAUGGAGGUGGCUGUUCUGAAGAGGCUCCAGGGUAAGGACCACGUCUGUCGCUUCGUCGGUUGUGGACGUAACGAUCGGUUCAACUACGUAGUGAUGGAGCUUCAGGGAAGAAACUUGGCCGAUCUUCGGCGCACGAUGAGCCACGGGACGUUUUCGCUGUCCACCACUCUCAGGCUUGGGCGACAGAUUCUGGAGGCUAUCGAGAGCAUCCACUCAGUCGGCUUCCUGCACAGAGACAUCAAACCGUCCAACUUUGCUAUGGGGCGACUGAAGACUACUUGCCGAACCUGCUACAUGCUCGACUUCGGCUUGGCUCGGCAGUUUACAAACUCCUGUCAGGAAGUCCGUCCGCCUCGUCCGGUGGCAGGAUUCAGGGGGACGGUGCGCUAUGCCUCAAUCAAUGCUCACAAGAACAAGGAAAUGGGGCGUCAUGACGACCUGUGGUCUCUCUUUUACAUGCUCGUGGAGUUUGUGGUGGGUCAGCUUCCCUGGAGAAAAGUCAAGGACAAAGAGCAAGUGGGGAACCUGAAGGAGACCUACGACCAUCAUCUCAUGCUUAAACACCUUCCUGUAGAGUUUAGCGUUUUUCUCGAACACAUCUCAGGCCUGGACUACUACACUAAACCGGACUAUCAGCUCCUGAUGUCCGUGUUCGAGAACAGUAUGAAGAUUUAUAACGUCUUGGAGAACGACCCGUACGACUGGGAGAGGAUUGACUCUGAGGAGUCGCUUACAGUCGCUGCUUUAACGACCACUGGCCAGCAGCUGACUCGACUCACACCAGCGUACUUGGGCAUGGCCAACGCCUCGGUGAUACCGGGUGACAUGCAGCGUGAAAACACAGAGGACGUCCUUCAGGGCGAACGGCUCAGCGAAGCAGACAAUUGCCCGCCGAUCCUGCCUCAGCACGCUCACGGAGCUGACGUAUGGGAGGAGAUGGAACGUAGCCGAGAACGCAACCGCAAUCACGUUCAACCGCAGAUUCGAAAGGUGGCCAGCGAAGAUGAGAGGAAUAAAGAGGGGAAUCAGAGCCCCAGCAGCGGCUCGGUGCAGGGCUCCCCGAGGCGAGUCCACUCUGAGACCUUACUCAUCGACCGUGUGGCUCCCCUACUGAGGAGGAUGCGGCACAGUCACAGCAUGGGCCUGGACAAGAGACUCACGCCUGAACCCAAACCUACUAUUGAACGAUUCCUGGAAGCCUACUUGGGUAAGCAGCGACCGGUCCUACCUCAGGACAGGAUCGGCUGUCGUCCUGAGCAGGGUUCUGUAGAGGAUGAAGAGGGGGCAGCCAGCAGCGGUUAUGUAGCAGUGAACCUCAGCCCAGUCCCACAGGAGGGAGACUCUCAAGAGUGGGUGCUGGUGGAGCUGGAAGGAGGAAGCGGAUCAGCGUGCUCUAAGCCUGAAGAGGAGGAGCGCUCCACCAGCCCUCUGGCUCUGCCUCGAACCUGGUCUGAUCCCCUGCCUCGGCGAGCCAGCAGCCUCAGUAGCUCCGGAGAACUCCAAACUGCUCUCUGUCACACCGUACCUCCGUUUACUCGCCUCCCCGGACUGCCAGGUCUAACAGGGAUUUCUGGCAUCACGGGGCUGAGGAGGCUGCCUACUAUUCAGCCAGCAUCUAUUGUGCACAUUAACAGAAGUCAGCUAGAGCAGUUAUCCAGCACUUUACCAAAAUCUAUCCACCUUCAACAAAAGGGUGAAAGCGAUCCAGUUCAGGACUCUCCGACACUCCCUGUGGAAGACGACUCCAAUCAUCCCCCAGCUGAUUCCCCACCCAAAACCUCCUCCCAGGCUCCUGCCCCAGCGAAUGACCAUCUGAGCCUUGCCAAAGCAACCGAGAAAGACUUGGAGAGUGACUCAGGUUGUCCCGAUGUCGGCCCUUCUACGACUCCGAACCAGGGCGAGACCACUGGAGACACGGUCGACGCAGGCCCCGCCUCCCCGGUCCCCGCCUCUCCUCGGGAAUUGUCCCCGCGGGCCAGCCGCAUUCCCGUGCGUGACCCCGACUCCCCCACCAGGAGGAGUUUUGCCCCCCUGUCACCAUCCCUCUCUUUAUCAUGUGAGCACUUCCCAUCAGCCCUGCUACGUGACAAGUUCUCCUUCCCCUCAGAGCGAGGUUCUCGCGCGUCUGACUUCCAGGGUGAUGAUCUGCUCUCGCUCUCCUCCUCCUCGAGCCCACUGUCCAGCAGGAGCAAGAUCCCCCGGCCCAUAAGUCCCACGUUGGUUCCAGACCAGUUCUCCGCUCGCUUCAUGCCACGUCCACCUCCCGGAAAGCCACCCCUCCGCCCAGGGGGAGAAAACAGGCGCAGACGUUACCGUAUCCGGGCCAGCAGCACCAGCGAUACGGAUCUCCUCGACAACCUCUCCCAGCUGAUGCAGGAGCGAGGGGGUGUGGCCGUAUCCCGCUACCAACGUACCACUUCCUCCAUACAGCGCUCCUUAAGCUCCUCCCCAUCUCGCUUCGAGGGAUGUCACGGCAUUUUAGGCUCACCACCGUCACGGAUGUGCGAGGUACGAGUCAAACGUGGCGUCGGUUAUGGUGCCGGAGGCAGAGCAGGAAGCCCUGAGAGCAAAAUCACUACUAAGGUGAACAAAUGAAUGGAGAAACGUCUUACGAGACAAUUUUGACGGACCAAUGAUGACUUCAUGGAUUUUAAAGGACUCGGUCGAUCAGGAGCAGCUUUUAAAAUGUUAAUAACGAGGUUGGGAAAAAAAACGAACGGAUAGAAGUGCGAAAAAGUGCGUGGCACGAAAGAAAACGCCAAACGGAAAAGAAAAAAAAGGCCAACAGUGUUGGUUAAAAUUACUUGAAAGCAUUGUAUAUAAACCAUUUGUUCAUACCUCUGACAUUCCCAUACCGCACUCCACUUCUCCUGACGUUCGACUUUUCUUAUCCGUUCGCACUCCGUCUCACGUACCCUCCUGUGGAAACACACCAGGAAAUUACGCUCAGAUUCGCAGAGGACGUGUCCAGCGUUUACUCCCUUCGUCGUGUGCGACGUGGCUGUCAGAUACAGAAACUCAAUAGCUACCCGUUUAGCUUCGUACAAUAGAAUCAUCACAUGAUCGAUAUAUUAUACGACAUUAUGAUGAAAUACAGGUCAUGGUCAACUCUGGCUUCAGGCUUUGGGUCACAUUUACAACCUGAGUGACACCAAAAUAAAGGAAAAAAAAGAGCUCUGUGAAGGAGUUUCCAGCUCCUAAACCUGAUAAGGAGUGACAAUGUGAGCUAAUAGCUAGUCAUUAGCUAAUUUAACGUCCAGCAGCCAACGUGUGCUUCCGAUCUCAGAUCAACUUGCCGUUUUCUCUCUCCUGUUAAACCCACAGUUUAGAAAUGUUCCUUUUUUUGUGGCAUUCGGGAGCAACGCAGCCGGUCGUUUACUUUUCGCUACAAAACACACACUUUGUGCAAAUAGCUUCUGUUUUAUUUUCAAACUGUUCAGUGUACAAACAUUUACUGUAGGUGUGACCUCACCGGUACAUGUUAAGCUAGAUUAAAAUAAAUAAAUAAAUAAAUAAAUCACAGAAACCUGGUUGUAAAUAACAAACAAACAAACAAAAUGCUACGUCACUAUAAGACUUAGCCGUGACUAGCGAAGACCUGCGUUUUCACAGGAGUGUAUCAUAGACAGUACACUACAUGUAUAGGGUGCCAAUAUAUUUCUAUCGUUUUUACGUCGUCGUUUACGUUGUUGUCAUUUUACUCCAAUGUUUCAGACAUGUACUUGAAAUCAAUUUCUUUUUAAUUCAGUGGAAUAAACAUACAGUAUUUUAUUAUUAUUUUUAUUUUAAAAAACAUUUGCAAACACAUUUUCAUGAUUUUGUUUUACAUGAAUUCUUCCUGUUUUAUUUUUUAUAAAUUAUAUAUAUAUAUAUAUUUACCAUUUUCUUUUAUUUGUCUCUCGCUCUACACAUCGUUCUUUCUGUGUGUAUAAAUAUAUAUAUAUAUAUAUAUAAACUAACAACAUCGUAUGUAUAGUCACAUAUGUUACAAACAAGCAUGUGUAUAUAUGUAUGUAUUUCAGGGAAUGUACGUACUGUAAACUACGUUAUAUCUCAUAGAAUGUAUUUAUUUAUUUAUUAGAUGUGUUAAAACGACAAUGUAGCCCAGCUCUUCGUUAUCUGAGAGGGGUUUUAUCUUUCCGCCGCUCUUCAGAACGAAAGCUCUCGCCGGUUAAUACGUCCGUACGGCGGAUCAGCACUGUGGAGAGAAGCUGUCGCUGUAGCACUCCGAUAAUGUCAUGAGCAAAAAUCAGUGCGAUAAAAUCGAUUCCCAAAAGAAAAAGAAAAAAAGCAAGCUGUACGUUAUUAUUAAUGCUCGAAUGAUGUGUGUAUUUCUGCAUCGUACCGAAAAACGUGUCCGGAUGGUGAACGAGCGCCGCAGAGGCGCAUGACGGAUGGAUCUCAUCAUUACGAAUAAAAACAAAUCAGGAUUGUUUAAUAACUCGUGUGGUCUCGUUCACAUCGGCGUAACGCGUUCAUCCCGCUGUAGCUGUGUGUGCUGUGGAGUCAGGCUUAGCGCUUUUCUUCUCGAUCUCUCAAAAGUACUUAUUUACUUUACUUCCAUCAGUAGAGCCUUGCUAUAUAUAUAUAUAUAUGAUAUUAUAUAUGAUAGGCUAUAUGAUAUGAUAUAAUAACACAGCUUACCGUUUAAACAGUGUACAGAAUCCCAUGUGUAUAUAGAUAUAAAUACGAUUUAAAAAAAAAGCUUCAUGCUUCAUGUAAUGUAUUUUGCUAACAAACAUCAUUGUUACCGAGAAAGGUCACUACAUUGGAAUGUAAAUGUAUCCAUAUAAACAUAAUAAAUACUGACGUGCAAGAUA